AUGAGUGUGAGUUCAAGCACUAGCACUAGCACGGGAGGAAGCCGCCAGUCGGCACAAAUAAUUCGCGAAUUCGCUAAGCUAGAAGGGGGUGGCAAUGCCAGAGGCCAAGCCGAUGCUAUCAGAUUCCGUCUUGUAUCAUACAACAUUUUGGCUCAGGUGUACACCAAGGACCACUUUUUUCCGCAUUCUCCGCCUCCCUGCCUCCGAUGGAACGAUCGUUCUCGAGAAAUUUUAAAUCUUCUUAAAAACCUUGGAUCUGACUUUUAUUCCCUUCAGGAAUUAGAUGAGUUCGACUCCUUUUACAAAAAAAAGAUGGAGGGCCUUGGCUAUUCUGGUAUAUAUAUUCAGAGAAGCGGACAGAAGCGUGAUGGAUGUGGAAUAUUUUAUAAGAAGAACCGUGCAGAAUUGCUCUUAGAGGAAAUGGUAGAAUAUAAUGAUCUUGUACCCCCAGUACAUGGUGAAGCCUCAUCUUCGGAUAAGCAUGAUUUGUUGGAAAAAUUCUCAGGAUUGUCAGUAACAAGUAGUCCACAGCAUCAUGGAGAUCCCAAUGAUCCACGCGUAAGAUUUAAAAAGGAUUGUGUAGGAAUUAUGGCUGCCUUUAAAUUCAAGCAUCCUCCUCAUCAUGUCGUCAUUCUAGCAAACACUCAUCUUUAUUGGGAUCCAAAAUUGGCUGAUGUUAAGCUUGCCCAAGCCAAGUAUCUUUUAGCACGCUUAGCUCAGUUUAAAACACUUGUGACUGACAGAUUCAAAUGUACUCCUUCAGUAAUUUUGUGUGGUGACUUCAACUCAACUCCUGGAGAUGAGGUUUAUCAGUAUAUUAUUUCUGGUAACACUUUGUCAGCAUCAUCAGAUAGACCUUUGGAAGAACUUCCCCUUCCCUUGUGCAGCGUUUAUGCUUCCGCUAGAGGAGAACCACCAUUUACGACCUGCACCCCCAAGUUUAAAAAUACACUUGACUAUAUUUUCUUUUUUCCGUCUGAUGGCCUAAUGCCUGUCAGCAUUCUCCAACUUGCAGAGUUGGAUUCGCCUGAUGUUGCUGGUGGAUUGCCAAAUUAUAGCCACCCGAGUGAUCAUCUGCCAAUAGGUGCUGAAUUUGAAAUUACCAAAGGCAAAAAUGCUCAAAUCCGAAAAUCCAUUUAGCUGAUGAACUGAAUUUGGUCUGUUCGAUGCAUUCUGGU